AUGAAGGGGGACGGGGGCAAGGACACGGAAGGGGGACGGGGGCAAGGACACGGAAGGGGGACGGGGGCAAGGACACGGAAGGGGGACGGGGGCAAGGACACGGAAGGGGGACGGGGGCAAGGACACGGAAGGGGGACGGGGGCAAGGACACGGAAGGGGGACGGGGGCAAGGACACGGAAGGGGGACGGGGGCAAGGACACGGAAGGGGGACGGGGGCAAGGACACGGAAGGGGGACGGGGGCAAGGACACGGAAGGGGGACGGGGGCAAGGACACGGAAGGGGGACGGGGGCAAGGACACGGAAGGGGGACGGGGGCAAGGACACGGAAGGGGGACGGGGGCAAGGACACGGAAGGGGGACGGGGGCAAGGACACGGAAGGGGGACGGGGGCAAGGACACGGAAGGGGGACGGGGGCAAGGACACGGAAGGGGGACGGGGGCAAGGACACGGAAGGGGGACGGGGGCAAGGACACGGAAGGGGGACGGGGGCAAGGACACGGAAGGGGGACGGGGGCAAGGACACGGAAGGGGGACGGGGGCAAGGACACGGAAGGGGGACGGGGGCAAGGACACGGAAGGGGGACGGGGGCAAGGACACGGAAGGGGGACGGGGGCAAGGACACGGAAGGGGGACGGGGGCAAGGACACGGAAGGGGGACGGGGGCAAGGACACGGAAGGGGGACGGGGGCAAGGACACGGAAGGGGGACGGGGGCAAGGACACGGAAGGGGGACGGGGGCAAGGACACGGAAGGGGGACGGGGGCAAGGACACGGAAGGGGGACGGGGGCAAGGACACGGAAGGGGGACGGGGGCAAGGACACGGAAGGGGGACGGGGGCAAGGACACGGAAGGGGGACGGGGGCAAGGACACGGAAGGGGGACGGGGGCAAGGACACGGAAGGGGGACGGGGGCAAGGACACGGAAGGGGGACGGGGGCAAGGACACGGAAGGGGGACGGGGGCAAGGACACGGAAGGGGGACGGGGGCAAGGACACGGAAGGGGGACGGGGGCAAGGACACGGAAGGGGGACGGGGGCAAGGACACGGAAGGGGGACGGGGGCAAGGACACGGAAGGGGGACGGGGGCAAGGACACGGAAGGGGGACGGGGGCAAGGACACGGAAGGGGGACGGGGGCAAGGACACGGAAGGGGGACGGGGGCAAGGACACGGAAGGGGGACGGGGGCAAGGACACGGAAGGGGGACGGGGGCAAGGACACGGAAGGGGGACGGGGGCAAGGACACGGAAGGGGGACGGGGGCAAGGACACGGAAGGGGGACGGGGGCAAGGACACGGAAGGGGGACGGGGGCAAGGACACGGAAGGGGGACGGGGGCAAGGACACGGAAGGGGGACGGGGGCAAGGACACGGAAGGGGGACGGGGGCAAGGACACGGAAGGGGGACGGGGGCAAGGACACGGAAGGGGGACGGGGGCAAGGACACGGAAGGGGGACGGGGGCAAGGACACGGAAGGGGGACGGGGGCAAGGACACGGAAGGGGGACGGGGGCAAGGACACGGAAGGGGGACGGGGGCAAGGACACGGAAGGGGGACGGGGGCAAGGACACGGAAGGGGGACGGGGGCAAGGACACGGAAGGGGGACGGGGGCAAGGACACGGAAGGGGGACGGGGGCAAGGACACGGAAGGGGGACGGGGGCAAGGACACGGAAGGGGGACGGGGGCAAGGACACGGAAGGGGGACGGGGGCAAGGACACGGAAGGGGGACGGGGGCAAGGACACGGAAGGGGGACGGGGGCAAGGACACGGAAGGGGGACGGGGGCAAGGACACGGAAGGGGGACGGGGGCAAGGACACGGAAGGGGGACGGGGGCAAGGACACGGAAGGGGGACGGGGGCAAGGACACGGAAGGGGGACGGGGGCAAGGACACGGAAGGGGGACGGGGGCAAGGACACGGAAGGGGGACGGGGGCAAGGACACGGAAGGGGGACGGGGGCAAGGACACGGAAGGGGGACGGGGGCAAGGACACGGAAGGGGGACGGGGGCAAGGACACGGAAGGGGGACGGGGGCAAGGACACGGAAGGGGGACGGGGGCAAGGACACGGAAGGGGGACGGGGGCAAGGACACGGAAGGGGGACGGGGGCAAGGACACGGAAGGGGGACGGGGGCAAGGACACGGAAGGGGGACGGGGGCAAGGACACGGAAGGGGGACGGGGGCAAGGACACGGAAGGGGGACGGGGGCAAGGACACGGAAGGGGGACGGGGGCAAGGACACGGAAGGGGGACGGGGGCAAGGACACGGAAGGGGGACGGGGGCAAGGACACGGAAGGGGGACGGGGGCAAGGACACGGAAGGGGGACGGGGGCAAGGACACGGAAGGGGGACGGGGGCAAGGACACGGAAGGGGGACGGGGGCAAGGACACGGAAGGGGGACGGGGGCAAGGACACGGAAGGGGGACGGGGGCAAGGACACGGAAGGGGGACGGGGGCAAGGACACGGAAGGGGGACGGGGGCAAGGACACGGAAGGGGGACGGGGGCAAGGACACGGAAGGGGGACGGGGGCAAGGACACGGAAGGGGGACGGGGGCAAGGACACGGAAGGGGGACGGGGGCAAGGACACGGAAGGGGGACGGGGGCAAGGACACGGAAGGGGGACGGGGGCAAGGACACGGAAGGGGGACGGGGGCAAGGACACGGAAGGGGGACGGGGGCAAGGACACGGAAGGGGGACGGGGGCAAGGACACGGAAGGGGGACGGGGGCAAGGACAGGAUGGGAAAGUACAGGAAGGAAAUGCAGAAUGGGGAGGGACGAUGGGCUGCAACAGCUUGUUUCACAGUGUGAGCCAUGCACAAACCUACGAAAGAACAGUGAAACCCCAAAAGGGGAUGGGCGUGGGGGGUUUAAUGGGCGGCAUGUGCUUAGAAAACCGGCUAUGUGGGUUUGAGAUUCACUUGCUGCCCUGGUGGUCUCUGUUCCUAAAUCCAUUGAUCUUCCUCCAGGGCCUGCAAACUCAGCCACAGCGUGUUAUCGACUCUGUACAGGCGACAACCAGCGUGCGCUUGGAUCUUGAGCUAUAA